CAUUAUUGAAAAUAAAAAUAAAUUAAUAGAUAAUGGAUACAAAAAAUAAGGAGUAUGCUGAAGCAUUAAAUCCUUCAAGUGAAGAUGACAUUAAGUCAAGCAUGGCAAGCACUGUCAUUGAGCCAUCAGAUAGGUUUUUAUUUAACUAUUUCAUGUUUCUCUUGUUUGGGAUAGUUCUAAUACUUCCAUUCAAUGCUCUUAUCCUAUCAAUUGGAUUUUUUGAAUCAAAUCUCCCAGGAAGAGAUAUAGAAUUUGUUGUAUCGACUCUUACUAAUGUUCCAAUUUUUAUCGGACAGAUUCUUAUGCUAUUUAUUUCAGGAUUUUUAAACCUCAAAGCUACAAUUAUCUUUAGUCUGUUUGGCAUGGCAGGAUGCUGAAUGGCAAUUCCCUUUCUUACAGAGCAUAUUACGAGUAUUAACACCCUGUGGAUUGUAAUCCUAAUUAGCAUCGCUAUCUUUUGCUUCUUUAGUGGGGUGUUGCAAAGCUGAGCAUAUGGAUAUGCAGGAAUAUUUCCUCAACGAAAUAUUGCAUCACUAAGUAAUGGAACAGGAAUGAGUGGAGUCGUAAUUGGAAUUCUUAGAGCUAUUUCUCUAUUGUCAUUCCCAGUUGAUAAUGAUAUCCCAAGAGAUCCAAACCUAUUCACAGGAGCUAUUCUGUAUUACUCUAUUUCAACUGCUUUUUGUAUAAUCUUGAUAGUAUUAAUAUUAAUAUCAUUCCGAACAGAAUAUAGUUUGUUCUAUUUAGAAGGUAAGAAUGACUCCCAGGCUCAAAAAAGAAUAGACUCAAUAGAUAAUCUUAUGAAGAGUCACCAGAGUUUCACUAUUGCAAUUAGUAAUAGAAAAAGCCUUGCUCGGCAAUCGAUGAAAUCUCUUGGUGAAGAAGAUGAAGAAAAAGCUUCAAUUCUUAAAGUACAUAGAGAUAACUGGCUCAAUCUUUGGGGGAUAUUUCUAAACUUUGUAAUCACUAUGGUGAUGUAUCCAGGGUUACUACUCCAGGGAAAUUUAUCGUUUAUUGAAGAAAUUGAUUGGAAAGUCUGGUUUGUCAUUAUUUUAUUUGUUGCAAGUGAUACUGUUGGAAGAGUCUUAGCAGGAUUUUUGACUUUAAAAUCACCAAUAAUUUGAGGAAUUCUUACCUUGCUGAGAUCUGGAAACGUUGCAGUAGCUUUUUUAUCAGCUUAUGACAUCAGCUUCUUUGGUACUGAUUAUGUGGUCAUCAUUAAUAUUAUUAUCUCUGGAUUUGGGCUUGGGUAUUUGGUUACUUCUCAAAUCCUUACGGCAUGAACAAUCCCAAAGCCUUAUGAAAUGGAAUUGACAGGAAAAAUGAUCAAUAUAUUUCUUCAAAUCGGAAUUGUAGUAGGAAGUUUAAUAGCAACAUUCGGAUUAUCAACCUUGUUUUAAAAUUGAUUCAACAU